GCUCUACUGCUAACCAUCCAUUAAGACUAACACAUUCUUCUUAUUGACCAACCUAAAGCUUCAUCAUUCCUGGGUUGACACCCCGGUCAAGGUCUACAGUUUACAGGGACAAUUUUAGUCCCAUCACGAACCAUGAUGGGCAACGCAUGCAUGAGUUGUCCCAGGGCGGUCGUUGGCCUGAAUUACGACGGGCAGGUUGACCGACAUUACUGUUGAUAGCAGCUAAAAUGAUCCACAUUCAGGUGCAUUCGGGCUUCCUCGUCCCUUUCCUUCUCUCUCUCCUCUUUUCUUUUUCAUCUUCACUCGCAAUAUGUUCCCUUUCAGCCCAGAUCCCUUUUGUUUAUGUGCUUCAUUUCGUGGGAGAGAUGGCCGGACGAGCUCGCUGGCUAAUCCCCCUCAUUCCCAUCUCUUUCAUCAGAACUCUCUCCCCACAUCUCAGAUAUGGAUCAUACACAUUUCCCGUGUUCCUUCUUCCUCCUCUCCUCUUCCCGGGCAGAUCUACUGAGUUCAAUGCUCCGGCACCAUUCCUCUUUCUGCCUGCCUCUCACAUGAUUUUCCUCCUUUCCCCCCGCGCUGUGUCAGAGACGGGGCUCGCCCGCCCGCGGCACCCGUCUCUUCCCUGAUUGAGACUAGUGGGACUCUUUCCUACCGGGAACGGCAAAGCGGGAUUUCUCCACCUUGGUCGCUUCCAGGCAACCAUGAAUCU